AUGGCUCUAAGUGGCAACUGCAGGACUUACCUGCCUCCGAGAGAGCAGGGGACUGGUCUGCACUCCUUCCCAGAGGUAGUGGAGCUGAAUGUGGGUGGCCAGGUUUACUUCACUCGCCAUUCCACCUUGGUUGGCACCCCUCACUCCCUGCUCUGGAAAAUGUUCACCCCAAAGAGAGACACAGCCAAUGAUCUAGCCAAGGACUCCAAGGGAAGAUUCUUCAUCGACAGAGACGGUUUCCUUUUCCGCUAUAUUCUGGACUAUCUCAGGGACAAGCAAGUAGUUCUGCCUGACCACUUCCCAGAGAAGGGAAGGCUCAAGAGGGAGGCUGAGUAUUUCCAGCUCCCGGACUUGGUCAAACUCUUGACUCCUGAUGACAUCAAGCAAAGCCCUGAUGAUUAUUGUCACAGUGACUACGAAGAGGUCUCCCAAAGCAGCGACACAAGAAUCUGCCCACCCUCCUCGCUCCUACCAUCUGAUCGGAAGUGGGGAUUCAUUACCAUUGGGUACCGAGGGUCGUGCACUAUUGGCAGGGAGAGCCAAGCAGAUGCCAAAUUCAGGAGGGUCCCAAGGAUUUUGGUUUGUGGAAGGAUUGCUCUGGUCAAAGAGGUCUUUGGGGAAAGUUUGAAUGAGAGCAGAGACCCAGACAGGGCUCCGGAAAGGUACACCUCCCGGUUUUAUCUCAAGUUCAAGCACCUGGAAAGGGCUUUCGACAUGUUGUCUGAAUGUGGAUUCCACAUGGUGGCCUGUAACUCCUCAGUGACAGCUUCCUUCGUCACUCAGUACACAGACGACAAGGUUUGGUCCAGCUACACUGAAUAUGUCUUCUACCGUGAGCCCUCCCGGUGGUCGUCCUCCCACUGCGACUGCUGCUGCAAGAACGGCAAGGGAGACAAGGAGGGAGAAAGCGGCACGUCGUGCAACGAGCUGUCGACGUCCAGCUGCGACAGCCAGUCCGAGGGCAGCUCCCCACAGGAAACCGUCAUCUGCGGCCCCGUCACCCGCCAGCCCAACAUACAGACUCUGGACCGGCCGGCCAAGAAGGGCCCCGUGCAGCUGCUGCAGCAGUCCGAGAUCCGGAGGAAGAGCGACCUGCUCCGAACUCUCACCUCGGGCUCCCGGGAGUCCAACUCCAGCAAGAAAAAGGCCGUGAAAGAAAAGCUUUCUAUUGAGGAGGAGCUAGAGAAAUGUAUCCAGGAUUUCCUCAAGAUCAAAAUCCCAGACAGGUUUCCGGAAAGGAAACAUCCUUGGCAAUCUGAACUGCUGCGGAAGUAUCAUCUAUAGGAUCAGGGCAGGGAAGUGCAUAACCCUGUUACCAUUUAGAGCAAGAUUCUAAGUGAUAUGAAAAUAAUUCCUGAUAAUAAUUUAUUAGGUCACAAGAAACAAAUCCGUCUCUAUAGUACUGCCCAAUUUGCCUAUUUCACUUUAAUGUUUAUAGUUGUAGGGUAACAAUACUUUUCCAGUUGUGGAAGCACAAUGACAAAUACUUCUAUUUGUAAACUCCGAGUCCUUGCACAAGCUGAAUACCUGAAGGGCACAACAGUAUCGACAGCAGAAGCUACUCGAGCGCAGGCGCUGCUGGCGGCAGUGGAAGAGCCGCGC